AUGUUCGAAAAAAUUCUCUUCACAAACUGCAUAUUGCAAUUGGCCUGGAUAAUACAAACAGUAGCUGGGGCAUGCACACCGGGAGAAACUGGUCCAACUAAGUGUAAAACCUGUGACGCUAUCAUAGGCACAGACAGCUAUUGCAGCGAGUGUGACCAGGCGGGCGAAGGACCCAUCAAUGGAGUAUGUACAAGCGAGCUAAGCGGCAAUACUUGCGCUAAUAAGAUAUGCACCCAGUGCGUAAAGAAUUACUUCUUAUAUAAAGGAGGAUGCUAUAAAUUUGCCGAAUCACCGGGAAACAUCAUAUGUGAAGACGCGAUAGAUGCAGCUGGCGGAACGGACGGAGUGUGUACCACGUGCAAGGCUGCUAACGGCUUCUUCAAGCAUCCCGCCCCUGCAGAAACAAAACAGUCCUGCAUUGCUUGUAAUGAAACGGCCGGAGUCGUGGACAGUGACACCACGUACAAGGGUACAUCCAACUGCCUGAAGUGUGACCCGCCCGCUGCUGCAAUUGGAGCUAGAGCAGAUAAAAUGGCAGUGUGCACUCUUUGCGAUCAGACUAAGUAUCUCAAGGAAAGCGCAUGUGUCGAGAAAGCAGGGUGCGGCGCCAACAUGUUUGGUAAGCCAAGUGUACAGGACGGGAAUAAAUGCAUUGCGUGCGGGGAUUCAAAUGCUGGUAUAGAGGGUUGCGCUGAGUGCACUGCGCCUGAUGAACCAACUAUUAAACCCACCUGUACAAAAUGCACCGGUAACAACUACCUGAAAACCACAAGCGAAGGCACGUCGUGCGUACAAAAGGAACAAUGUAAUGGGGCCUACUUUCCUAAUGAUAGUGUAGACGGUAAGAAACAGUGCGUUUCGUGUGGCGAUGCAACUAAUAAAGGCAUAACCGACUGCACUGCAUGCAAUCUACUCAGCAGUCCGCUAGAAACAGUUCUUAUUAAAUGCUCUGCCUGCAGAAGUGGGAAGAAGCCUAAUGAAGAUGGAUCUGCGUGCGUCGAUGCCCCAGGGCCCUCUCCAGAAGAAUGCUCGAUCGAAGGAUGUCAGAUAUGUUCGGAUGACAAAAAGACGUGUGAUAAGUGCCAAUCAAACAACUAUCUCACUCCAACAAAACUCUGCAUAUCUGAUUGCAAGAAGCUCGGAAACUAUUAUUUAGCUACCGAGCAAACAACUGGGAGCUGCAGGGAGUGCGCUAUGGUUAAUUGCAAAGAGUGUACUGAGAACGGUAAGUGUGGAAUAUGCAACGAUGGCUUUUACCUCCUGAAUGAGGAAUGUAAGCCAUGUAAUGAUAGUUGCAAGACGUGCGAGGGUGGAGUGGAAUCUGAUAAGUGCACUAGCUGUAAGUCUGGAAGUGCUCUUAUUUAUGCAGGCAACGGAAAUACAGGCACAUGUAGUCUUGGUUGCAUACCCAAAUCAAGUGCAGAUCCUGGGUCUUGCAAGACAUGUGAUUUAGCUAUUGAUGGGACAAAGUAUUGCUCAGUGUGUAAUGUGGAUAAAGAAUACCCUCAAAACGGAGCUUGUGCUGGCAUCAAGGCGCGUGCAUCCUCAUGCCAAGAUGGAAAUGUUAAUAAUGGUGUAUGUAGUAAGUGCGAGACAGGGUUCUUCCUUAUGAAUGGGGGAUGUUAUGAAAUAACCAAGUAUCCCGGGAAAACAGUUUGCAGUAAGACAGCGGCUGAUGGUACAUGUGAGACACCCGCGACCGGCUUUAGUCUAAGUAGCAAUACACUCAAAGCUUGCUUUGAAGGUUGUGCUAAGUGUGCUACUGGUGACGAUUGUUCUGAAUGCAUCAGCGGCUAUGUAUCAGGUAGUACCCCUAAUAGUUGCGAAAAGUGUAGUACUGGUUGUGCUACAUGCUACCCUACUGCCACGACUUGCACAUCUUGUCUUGCUGGAUACUAUCAAUCUGGACCUAAGUGCAUUGCCUGUGAUAAAGAUGAUUCUACUAUCAAAGGUAUUAGUAAUUGCUUGAACUGCGCCCCUCCAUCGUCUGGUAGUGGCUCUGUCCUCUGUUAUCUCAUGAAAGGUGCCGACAACAACGGCGGGAGCACGAACAAGAGCGGCCUCAGCACAGGCGCCAUAGCGGGGAUCUCUGUCGCUGUCAUCGUUGUUGUGGGGGGCCUCGUCGGCUUCCUCUGCUGGUGGUUCGUGUGCCGGGGCAAGGCGUGA